UGAGCACCUGCUUUUAAGUAGUAGUUUGGCGGUGAGUUGACGGGUAGUAACUGCUUGAGUCUCUGGCUCGCGUGGAGUGCUGAUUCCGGAAAGGGAGGACGCACGCUCACUAGUGAAGGAGCCUGGGGUCUCACGCCCCUCCGGGACAUGCCCCGGGUGUCUGACGGAGGUGGCUGCGAGGCUUCUCCUGGCCAAGGAACCGGCUCUCAUCUCCAUGUCUUGGGACUUCUUUCUGCAGCCUCUGGAUGGCGGUGCCCAGGUGCCCGUGAGGCCGGGGCAGACGGUGAUAGGCCGCGGGCCUCUGCUGGGAAUAACAGACAAAAGAGUAUCCAGAAGACAUGCCAUUCUAGAGGUGGUGGAUAAUCAGCUUCGAAUCAAACCAAUCCAUACAAAUCCGUGUUUCCAUCAGUCCUCUGAGAAGAGUCAGCUCUUGCCAAUGAAGACACAUGUGUGGUGCUGGUUGAAUCCUGGGGAUAUCUUUUCCUUGUUACUCAACAAGUACUCUUUCCGUGUUUUCUCUACACAAACUGAAGAGGAAGUGGAGUGUACUUUACGGAACAGUCAAAUAUUUGAUGAAGAUGAUGUAUUGAGUGAGAUGCAGAAGUCCCCUGUGAUUAAUUUACCUGAUAAGACAACUGGGACUUCACAGCUGCAAGGAAGCCCCGAAAUAACCAAGGCCAAGUGUACUGCCAUAGAGCCCAUGUCCUCUGCAGGUGCAUGUGGAGACAUCCGAGAGCACAAGCUGCACCCUGCCCAGAGGAAAAGAAUCCUCCCAGCUUGGAUGUUAGCAGAAAGUUCAAGUGGUCAGAACCUUUCAGCACCUGUUAAGGGUGGAGAUAAGGAUGGUAUCCAGAGAAGUGGAAAAGAAGGAACCUGCAAAGAUAAAACCCCAGUAAACGUAACACAGCAUGGAAGAAAGCGAUUAAUUUCACCAGGAAAUUUGGACAGUAAGUCAGCAGAACAGGAUCCUGGGAAAAAAUGUAAAAGUUCUGAUCAAGAAGGACUGGUUGUUUCAUCCAAGGAAGUUCCAGAAUCAUUGUCUUCAAUCACAUUAAGUGACACAGAUGUAGAUAGUGUGAAGAUAAAUGAACCGAGCAAUGCAGUUCCAAUAGAGGAACUUGGUGAGGUCUCUAAACACAAAACCGUCAGCAAAGCAACAGCAAAUGAAGAGGGUGAGACAGUGAGGCACGCUGAGAGCCAUUCAGGCGUCCACAGUAAGUCACUGCUUGAGACAUCACAAGGAUUCCAUCCUAAGUCCAGCUCUGCUCCCUCCAGUCCCGAUGCUUCGCACACAAUGGCUGAUUCAGUUCUAGGCUCUUCAGAAGAAAGCAAGGUCCAGAGGGUGUCCUGCAUGUAUGGGGCUAACUGCUACAGGAAGAAUCCUCUCCAUUUUCAACACUUCAGCCACCCUGGUGAUAGUGAUUAUGGAGACAUACAAGUCACAGAUGAAGGUGAAACUGGUGACAGGCCUGAGUGUCCCUAUGGGGCAUCUUGUUACAGGAAGAACCCCCAGCACAAGAUGGAAUACAGACACAGUGCACUUCCGGUCCGAGAUAAAGAUAAUGAUGACGGUGGGCACCCCAGUGAGAAUGACCUGAACGACAGCUUUCUGGAAGACGAUGACGAGGAAGAAGGAUACGAGCCGACAGAUGAGGAUUCUGACUGGCAGCCAGAAAAGGAUGACGAAGAGAAGGAAGAUGUGGAAGAGCUUUUAAAAGAAGCAAAAAGGUUUAUGAAGAGGAAAAAGUAACUUUUCUGCAAUAAUAAAACUCACAUUUGCUUUGCCUUUAUGGGAAAUGUCCAGAAACUGAGUAGUAACCAUUUUCUUUUAAUAGCUCUUCCCACUUGAAACGUUGAAACACCAGCCUUUAGUGACGUAGGUGGAAGCCAUGUUGUUGCCUGUUUGGUGCCUAUUAGUUCAUCUGUCAGUGGAAGCAGGUACAGAGGUUAGGCAGCGUCUGAUACUUUUUCAUAUACUUUACACACUGCUAAUAAAAGCCAUAGUUAGUACACACCUUUGACCUUCGAGGUAUACCGUGCAAGCUUAGCUAGGUGAUUACAGGACAGUGGAGGGCAUAGAGUCCCUCACAAAGCUAGACUUGAACAAAGUGACAGCCAGUGCAGUGUCUGUUAUUUUUCUAAUGCAUUAGAUGUGGCUUUGUGAUUUCAUUUACUGCCCUUGUCUGUUGAAUCCUGGGGAAAUUAUUAACAACCAGAUGCUGAAAAUGAUCCUGUUAAGCUGUGGGGAAGCAACACUCACCUUGCAAGGAAACGUUUUCUGCACACCCCGCAGCUGUGGUUGUCUUCACAGCACACCCUUCCUCAUUACUUUGCUUGCACUGUGUAGCUUUACAAGUAGGAUGUCCAAAAGCUUCCAGCAUAGUUUUCUCAGACGGUCUCCUCUGAAGAAGCCUCUGCUCCAAGUUAGUGGGGUACAUCUCCUCACUCCUGUCCUUGAACCGGGCUCUCAGUAACGCUUCGCUUUAGGCAGCUUUGAGUUUCUAGGAGCUCAGUUUUCACUGUGAGUAGAGUCUGUGCGCACAGAGCUGGAGCAAGCAGCAAGCGCCUUGUCAUCCUUUAAGAGGAAAUAGAAAUGUGCCCGAUAUGUUUUCUUAGUCUCUGCAUGUAAUUGUAUAAUUUAAAUUUUACUUAAACCGAAGAAAGACAAAAUAAAUAUUUAUACUUUUCUCAGAUA